GAAUAAAUAUAAUUCAUCUCUCUGCUUUAGUGAUAAAAGUAUACUUUUGUGGAUUAUAUCAACUCAAAAAUACACAUUGUCCGCUGAACCUAAAAUUGUGAUUUCAAUAAAAGCGCAUCUGUUAAGUUUUGCUUGUGCGUCUGACGUCAUGACGUCCAUGCUUGCUGUGACGCCCACAUUUUGGAGAUCUUUCUCUGGCAGCUGAACCGCCAUUUUUGCUCUCUCCGUUUGGACUUGGAAGAAGGCCUGGGAACACGACUCCUUAGACCACCUAAGUGUGGUACUGCAUGUGGAGAUGCAAAGACUGUGGGGGGGAUUUUACAAGAAGAUCUGAACUGCUGAAGCACUACAAGCUAAAUCAUAGACAUUACGGUCGGGGUCACACCUAUCCAUGCACUUACUUAAAUUGUUCAUGUAGACUGAAGACCUGGAAUGCCUUACUGAGCCAUUUGUCCAGAAAUCACCCCGCUCAAAGAACAAAUGCCCUAUCCACAUUCAAAUGCCUUGUUUGUGGUUAUAAUCAACUUUCCGGUGAAAGGGAAUAUUUCCAACACAUCUUUCAGCAUCUUAAAAAUAAGGAGACUGUAACGUGUGUGUUCCAAAACUGUGAAUAUAAAACUAACAUUUAUGAGAACUUUAAAAGCCACAAGUACAGAAAACACUCUGGUACCGUGAACAUCUUUAAGCCGGAAAUAUGUUCUGUGGAAGAAUCUAGUGCCAGUGUGACUAAUGACAUUUCAGAUGUGGAAAGUGUAGGGAGCAUUGUCAAUUUAGAUACUGAUUUGGGCAUUGGGGUUGCUGAAAACUUGGAGAAGGACAUUGAACUUAAGAUUGCUUCAAUCCUCCUUAAGUUAGAAAAUGUCUAUCUUGUGUCUAAUGCAGCAGUAGAUGAACUUUUGCAGGAGUUUAGCUAUUUAAUUGGAUCUCUUUCUCUGCCAAUUACUCAACAGACUGUUAGCAAUGUAUUACAAGAUCAUGGAUGCCAGUUUGACAUACCACUGGUUGAAAAGCUAGCAAGUGCACUCAGUGAGACAAACCCUGUUAAAAAAGCAAUUGGUAAAAAAGGUCCCCUUUCCAGUGCUUGGAGGCGAAAGGCUUACUAUAAGAAGCACUUUAAUGUAGUGGAACCAGUGGAAUAUAUCCUUGACCAAAAGAAUAACAAGUCAUUCCAGUAUGUUUCAAUUUUAAAGACUUUGCAGCAAAUUCUGGACUGUCAGACAAUUUUGGAUCAGGCUGUUAAUUUGACUACUGUAGAUAAAGAGCCUCAGAGAACAUGUGUGCAAGCUUACAGAUCUUUUUUUGAUGGUGAUUUUUUUAAAGAUAAUGGGCUGUUGUCUAAGCAGGAAAGUAUUUCAUUGAUAUUAUACAUUGAUGAGUUUGAAAUAUGUAACCCCCUCGGUACAUCCAAAAGGAAGCAUAAAAUUUGUGGAGUUUAUUGGAUUCUGGGAAAUUUGCCACCAGCUUGUAGCUCUGCUUUGUCCUCCAUCUAUUUGGCUGCUUUAAUCAAAAGUAAUGACCUGAAAUACUAUGGCUAUGAGAAAGUGUUAGAGCCCUUAAUUAAAGAUCUUACUGUUUUGGAGCAGUAUGGGAUAUUUGUAACGAAGUUGGGCAGAACCGUAAAAGGUACAGUUCAGAGUGUGGUUGCUGACAAUCUCGGUGCGCACAGUAUUGCUGGAUUUGUUGAAAAUUUCUCAGGGUCCUAUGUAUGUAGAUUUUGCACUGCCGAAAAAUCAGAGUUUCAGGCUAACGAAGUGAGAAGUGGCACAUUUACUUUGAGAACCAAGGAAGUUCAUGCAGAUCAUUUAAGAAUCCUUGAUGAAAAUCAGUUGGACAGUUACUGUGGUGUGAAAUCAAAUUGUACUCUGUCAAAGCACCUCACAUAUUUUAAUGUUACCACUGGGUUUCCUCCAGAUAUAGUGCACGACCUUUUUGAAGGAAUUGUUCCUUUUGAACUUGCACUUUGUCUCAGUGUGUUUGUCAAAAAAAAGUAUUUCACUUUAUGUGCAUUGAAUGAAAUUAUAUCCUCUUUCAAUUUUAAGUGGGCUGACAAAGCCAAUCGACCUCAUCCUGUGGCUCUUAAUUUUGGAACAAAAAAAACGGUAGGAGGAAAUGCUCACGAGAACUGGAGUUUAAUCAGAUUUUUACCUUUGUUGAUUGGGCAGAGCGUUCCUUGUGAGGAGCCAGCUUGGCAGAUCUUAACAGACCUAAAGGACAUUGUUGAUCUUGUCGUCAGUCCUGUUCAUACUGAAGACUCAAUCGCCUAUCUUGAUUUUAAGGUAUCUGAGCAUAGAAUACGAUUUCAAGAAGUUUUUCCUAGUUGUAUUCUCAAACCUAAGCAUCAUUUUUUGGAGCACUAUCCACACUUGAUACGUCAGUUUGGUCCACUUGUUGCUCUGUGGACGAUGCGCUUUGAAGCUAAGCAUAGCUUUUUUAAAAGAAUUGUGAGAAAUAUCAGGUGCUUCAAAAAUGUGCUACAUUCCCUGUCUGAGCGGCAUCAGUAUCAGAUUGCCCAUCAUUUACAUGCAUGCAGUUUUACCAGACCUCUACUGGAAGUGACCAAUGUUUCCACUGUUCAUAUCGAUGUUCUUAACAGGGAAAUCUCAAGUGCUCUGAAACAGAAGUCAAGUUUGGACUUGGUGUGUUUGGCAAAAUGUGUGACGUAUAAUGGACUAAACUACAAGUGUGGGAUGAUCUUGAUUCAUGGCUCACUAGGAGGACUGCCAGAGUUCAGUGAAAUCCUCCAAAUGGUGAUUCUGCAGGACAAGUUAAUGUUCAUUGUGAAGACGCUCAGUGGAUGGUAUGUGGAACACUACAGAGCCUUCGAUCUCAAAACAUCCCCAGACAAGGAAGUGAAACUUGUUGAGCCACAAGAGCUACUUGAUGCUUACCCACUGGCAGACUACAAAAUUGGAAGGAUGCGACUUGUUACAUUAAAGAGAUACGUCCAUGUUUAAAGGACUGCCAUGGCUAGAUUGAAACCUGCAAGACUAAAGGUCAUUUUGGGGGAGAACAACACUGAAAAACUGACCCUUCCAAAUGGCAUACCAGAGUCACUAGAUGAGCUUCACAGCAAGAUAAAGACUGUUUUUGGGAUUGAGGGCAACAUCAGAUUGCAAUACAUGGACAGAGAUUUUGACAAUGAAUUCUUUAAUCUAAAUUCAACCAGUGAGCUUCAGGAUUUGGGAACAAUCAAGGUGAUCCAGGAACAAACAAAUCCACCUUUAAACACUGCCAAUGAGACCACCUCAUCCCAUUUGGUUUCAUUUGAUUCUGACGACAAUGCUUCAUUGACAUCAGCUGACACUGUAAUUAUCUCAUCCCCUGAGUCUGUGUCCUCUCGAACACAACAGUGGCCAGAAGACUUUCCAGUUCCCAAAUUUUCGUACGACACUGAACUACAACUAGAAAAGGGGAAUUUGGAGUAUCACACAAGUAACAAAAUGUUGACAGUCAGCUCCCGUGUUAAGUCUGAUAUCCUAAAUAGACUAGCAGAACAGAUCUACAAAUACAAAGCCUACCCAGAGGAUAUACAUUUCUGCAUCGUUUCAGAGGCCUUAAUUAAGAAGUACCCUUGUUUGAGAGAACCUGGCUCUUUCAAUGGCUGCUACGGCUGGAAACAGCGGUUGAAGUACAAAAUGGGAAACUACAGAACUCAGCUCAAGUUGCAGGGGUGUCCAGAGCUGUCUGUAAAUUCCCUCAAAUCCAAAGCUGCUACAGAUGCCUUCCCUGCUAAAAAAGUGAAGAGGCCAAAACGAGCUGAAGCUAACUUCUAUCCGUCCCUUCCUACCGGUGAGACUCUAGAAAGCCUUGAAAAAGAGAGACUUGAACUUCUCACAGAGGUCAGGAUACGGAGGAAUGAAAGGGUUAUCACUGGCAAAAUGGCACACACUUUUGCCUACAGACGUCAGGAGGUGGUGAACCAGGAACCCAGCAUUAAGGACUUUAAGGAUAGAUGGCCUGCACUGUUUCAACAGAAGGAGAUCAAUGCAGAGUUCCAAAGGCUCAUGGCUGUUCCACUGGAGGAGAGGUUCAUAGCCCAGCUCGACCACCACACAAGCCAGCUGAUCAAAAUCAUUCGUGCCAAAGGAGGAGCAACACAUCAAAAGACUGCUGACAUCAUGACUAUUUUGGACCAGACUGAGGACAUUCAUCUUCGGAGAGAGUGUGUGCUGAAAGCUAUAAUCAUCUUCCUGGGUGAAAAUGCAGAUGACCUGAUCAAGGAAUAUCAUGACUUGGAUGAUGCUCAGGGGGACCUGGAACAGCAGACCAUUGCUGUGUUUGUCAUUCGAAGAGGGGGGGGUGGAGCACAGGAGCCGCCAGAAGACGUUGGCAUUGUCAUUGAGGGUGUGACUGUGUUGCAUGAACUGUCCUCAGUGGCCUCAGCUUGUGCCCUGCUCCUAGGUUUGAUAUAUGUGCUAAACCUAGCAUAUCCAAAACCCCUCCGGUUCAGUUUUGAAGUGCUCCAAAAAAUCAUCAUGCAACUUGAGCAGCAGAAGAUGUCCCCAAAAGUCCAAAACCUCUGUGUUAGACUUUGAAGUUAGCUUACAUUAGCUGAGAAUUUGUUUGAGCUCAAUAGGGGGGGUGGGGAGUUCUUCACAGUUUUUCAGUUUAAAUUUCUUUAGAUGUUACAGCUAUGUUUGGGCAGUUUAUUAGUAACACUGUGGAGCUGCGACUCUCUGCUGCUGCUGUCUUCUCCCAGUAACUUCUUUUUUUCUUCUCAUUGACAAGUGUACAGUUUUGAUGGCUGUUCUUACAGUCUCAUUGAAUCUCUUAUCGGAUAUGUAUCAGAUUUCAGUAACUCAUGCUGAAGUGGGAAAUGGAAUUGAAUUUUAUUUAUUUAUUUAUUUUUAUUUUUUUUGCUGGUAACAAAAAUACAAAGGAUAUGGGUUACAUGUGACAUAAAGGUCCGAGUUGGGACGCAUUUACUGGCACAAAACAUGUUUUCCUACUGCACUGUGCAAGAGUUGAGGCUUUUUCACAAAUCUUUGUAGGAGCAAGAGUUUUUUGUUGUCCAUGUAUUUCAUUUUAAUGCAUUUCAAAACCAGUUAAACUGAAACAAAAGGAAGCAUCUUUUCUUAAAGUGCUCACGGAAAUAGUCAUGCAACUUAAGCACAGAUAUUUGGCCUUUUUUCAUGUGUUGAAUCUUUUCUAUGUUUUAACGUACAUAUUGGAUUUGCUCUACCGCAAUGUGGAAAAGCCUUAGCUCUGAUUAUGCGCACAUUUUUGCAGGGGCACAUUAUUGCUUGUUCCAAUUGGUUUCUGUUUUGCUAUUUUUCGAGAAAGGUAGAAACAUUUUCUGAGCUGAUGGUUUCAAUUGUUAUAAUCGAUGUAUGAAACUUGAAGUGCCUUAACAUGUAGUUUGAAAUGAUUUGAGAAGCUGGAAUUGUGGAAUAUUUAGAUAAUUUGUUACUGUUUGUGCUACAUUUGUUGACCUCUUAAAUUCAUAUGGGUUCUAUGCUAUUUUUAAAUGUUUAAGCAUGUUUUGCAUGUGUGUUAAGAGGAAGGGACAAAUUACAUCUGUUUUAUGCAGGUUUUAUGCAGGUUUUAUGCAGAUUUUAUGCAGAUUUUUGAGCUGUGAACUUUGCUUACAGAAUAAAAUGUGAAACAUUGGA